AUGAUGCUCAAAAUAGCGCGUCGCUCCGCGCAGCAGCUCUGCCAAUCGGCCACGUCUGCUGCCAGUCAUCGCAAUGCCGUCUCUUCUUCAACCUGUUUAAUCAGUACAGCAUCGAGUUUCGCUUUCGCUCGUGCUCAUGCUGCAGUCCGCACUAUUCAGCAGCCUGAACACGUCAGAGCAGACCCCACGGGUGUUGUCGCUGGGAUUGCUGUUGUAGGUGCCCUCGUUGGCGUAGGAAAGAUGUGGUGGGAUGCUUCAUCGUCAGUAAGAGUUUCAGAUCCUGAAGCUUUGCAGGACAUCUCGCAGAAGGAGAUUGGGCUCUUUUUCGAGGAGCUCACGGCAGCGGUCAAGGAGCUGUUUACGAAACUGCCUGAGAUUGAGAAUGCACUGCGUGCUUACGUGGAGGAGCACAAGCACGAGCUCAGUGACGCUGAAUUCAGGCAGGCAGUGUUAUCGCAGUUGUAUCAGAUGAUGGAGGCACUUGAGCAGCAGGUUGUUGGCAAGCGAAAGUGGAGUCGUCCGAGUUUGGAGUUUGCGCUGGAGAAGUUUGCGCAGGACGCUGAAGUUUUGAAGUUGCAAAACGAACUAAACGAUAUUAUGCGAACUGUCUUCCAUGCGCCAACGCCUGUAGAGGUUCCUGAGGACCUUACUGCCGACAAGACGUUGGCGAUUCUAGAAGCGAUGGUGGCUGGCAUGGAGAAAGCCAUGUUGGACAUGCUUGCCCACGCGCGAGCUGAGGGCAUUAGCGAUGCAAUGAAAGCUAUGAUGGAGUUUCAGUCUUUGUACAUGGAGCAUGUGGAGCAGAUGACGCAGGCGCAGAUGAAACUGCACGGCAUCUCGCAAGAGAUAUUUACGGCAGCGUUGCAGAAGCACCACACCGAAAAUGAGCAGUUUCGACAGCAGGUUGAGCAGAUCUACGCUCAGCAGGCGAAGGCUUUUGAGAAAAUGGGUCUACCUGUAGAGAUUCAGUAG